AUGGACUCCGCAUACAUCCUCCCCAUCUCGAUCGCCCUCUUCUUCACAUACGUCAUCUCCAUCUUCAUCACCGACCCACUCUCUCGCAUUCCAGGCCCAUUUUUUGCCCGAUUCUCGCGACUAUGGCUUGUUCAGCACUCCAUCGCCGGAGACAUGCACACGACGAUGAUCGACCUGCACAAGAAACAUGGCAAAUUAGUUCGCACUGCGCACAACGAAGUCAGCAUCUCUGACCCUACAGCCAUCAAGACUAUCUACGGUGCUGGUACUAAGUUUCGGAAGAGCGAGUGGUACAGCGUUUGGCAAGGUCAUCGCAAGUUUGACCUGUUCGGCGGCAGGGAUGAGAAGGUGCACGGUCAGCAUCGGCGCCUGAUCAGCAGUAUCUACAGCCUGGAGCAGUUGAAGAAGCUGGAGCCUGGCGUAGAUAGUGCUAUAACACUAAUGAUCAAGAGAUUGGGCGAAGUUUCGAAAGACGAAGGCGCGGUAGACAUGUCGAAGUGGGCGCAAAUGUUUGCUUUCGAUGUCAUUGGCGAAGUCACAUUUUCGAAAUCUUUCGGAUUUUUAGCUGCAGGCAAAGACGACGGGAGCUUUGCAGCUAUAGACGAAGCACUGGUAAGUGCGGCGUGGAUCGGUCAGGUAUCUUGGUUAUACUGGCUACAUGAUCGGUUCAUGCCAAUCAUCGGCAAUUGGAUUGGUGCGAACAAUCGGAAUGGCAGUUUGAGACAGUUCGCAUCGAAAGAGUGUGAGGCAAGAAAAGGCAGGAAAAGCGAAAGGAAGGAUAUUCUGAGUUCAUUGUUUGCAGUCCAGGAUGCGAAGCCUAAUGAGUUCGACGAUAAUAGUGUGCUGAGUAUGGCGUCGAGUAACAUCUUUGCUGGAAGCGAUACAACGGGAAUCUCGAUUGGGGCGGUGAUGUAUAACUUGUGCAAGCAUCCGCGAUGCAAGCAGAAGCUAAUGGAUGAAAUCGAAGAGACGGUCAAACGGGAUGAGCUAGAUGCGAGCAAGAACAUGCCGUUCGAAGCAGGCUUUGGGAUGCCGUAUCUACAAGCGUGUAUUUACGAAGCACUGCGUAUGCACCCGGCGGUCGGCAUGGCUUUACCCAGAGUGGUGCCGCCAGAUGGCUUCGAGGUUGAGGGAGUGUAUCUACCCGGUGGAACAAUCAUUGGUGCCAAUCCUUGGGUCAUACAUCGUCAGAAAGAGAUUUUUGGUGAUGACUGCGACAUCUUCCGACCUGAGAGAUGGCUGGAGGGUGACAGAGGGCAACUCGAUCGCUUCUUCUUUGCAUUCGGAGCUGGCGCACGCAUGUGCCUUGGUCGAAACCUGAGCUGGAUCGAGAUGACCAAACUCAUCCCUUCGCUGCUCCUCAAGUUUGACGUAGAGCUCAUAGAUGCAAAUCAGGAGCCGAAGCAGCAUUGCUGGUGGUUCGUGAAACAAGAAGCGCUGCACAUGAACUUUAGCCCAAAGCAGCAGUGAUGAGAUUCGUUUUGAAGUAAUCUUCCUGCAAAGAUAUUCACAUCGGCAAAUAUCAAAUUUGUAG